AUGUCGCGGUCCGCCCCACCGAUGCAGGCGCAACCCGCCGAUGUGGUCUUUGAGUCUCGCAGGGGUGGCACGCAGCGAGUGGCGGUGUAUCCAAUCGAAUUUGGCGCCUCCUCUGCUACUCUGGUGCAGCAGCUGGAGAAGCACAGCGGAAUUGACUUCAAGCACCAGCAGGCAUGCCAGCAGCAUUAUUACACAGGUGAAGUUGUUCGUGCCGACAGUAGUCACAACUGUGGGAGCAGCAGCAACCUCUUUAUCCCACAUGGAACAGGUACUUUGGUGUAUCUGCUGUACGCGAAGGGUGCUGCCAACUCCUCCGCGAAAUCUUCCAAGGUGUCGGUUGGGCUGCCGCCCAGCUUGGUGUCCAGUGAGUAUGGAGAUUUGGACGAUCUGCGCGGCGACACUGUGCUAAUUACCUUCACCAUUUACAAGGGUACGUUUAGCUACGGCAGGCGGCAGGGCCAAGGGCGGCUUACAGUGUAUCCCCGCUACACGCUGGACUGUGCCUGGGACGACGAUGCUCCUAUACUUGACCGCACUCCGUGUGUUCUGCGCUUCCUCGCCAAGUUUUCCACCGCACCUGACAAUUCGACCGCAGACAGGAAUAUGUUGCGACGCACAUCGGCUGCCUCGCGUGGUGAUGCCGAUCCGAGUGUAACGAAUCAGUAUGUUGGCAUGACGUCCUUGAUUUCCUCCGGGGUGACACCGCACCGAGGGUCGUUUGCAGGACUUGCGUGGGCCGAGCAGGUGCGCUUCGUGCCAGACGGUGUGGGUGAGAUGUUGUAUCCGAACGGUAUACGACACUGCGGCUGCUGGCAAUGCGGACAGCGGCACGGCUUCGGUGUCGAGUACGACCCGGGCAGCAGCACUGUCUACAUGGGUGGCUUUGUGUAUGAUCACCGGGAAGGGGCUGGUACUCUGCACUACUGCAGCACUGGCAUGCUGUUGUGUGGAAACUGGAAGGAGGGGAAGCUUGCCGACACGGCCAACGCAGUUCUUCCCACGUGGCCGUUCACCCUGCAGGGGGCGUUGUGGAAGAGCUACGAGAACUGGACAUUUGGCCACGGCACAUUGGUGCACUCGUGUGGUUCACUCAGUGGGGUGUGGGAGCCGCUGUUCGUUGCCUUUGACGAGAUGCUUUCCUCUGUUGCCGGGAUGCAGCAGGAUGCAUCAACGGGUGCCGCCACUACCGCUUCGGAAGAGGCAGCUCACGACGUCCAUGACUAUAGCGAGGCGAACAGCUUUCUGCCACUUCUCUCCUUUAUGAUGCAGCGCGAAGAGUUCAUGGCGGUGCUGGUGCCCUUCCAGCGGUGCUUUUACUUUCUCUACAAACCGUGCGACGGUAAGGGGUGGAGGCGGGACGGGGAGUCCAUCUCUUCUGAGAUGAAGGAGGAGAAAAUGGAGCAGCAAGUAUCGCCGCUGCAUCAGUCUUCGCACGUACGGCUUUCCUCGCCUAGAACGGGUGGUAUCGCCAUUUCUCGCGCCCCUCUGUUAGCGACAUGUGAUGACGGACCUCUCCCACGGCAGAGCCCGCUCGGCAGUUACCACAAUCGUCUCCUGAGCCCGCGUCGUAAGCAGCAACAACAACAACAACAACAGCAGCACUCCGAAGUGGAGUCCAAAGAAAGUUUAUCCCCGUUUCUCGCACAGCUGCGCGCGCUUGGCCGCGAUUCUCGUCGCGGGGGUGCGUCGCCGCUAGAGCGCAACUGCUCGUGCCCCUCGUGGUGCAACGAGGUUGGGGUGGGUGGUAACUGUGGUGGCGAUCGCAGCCUUGGGGAUGAUAUUGGCUGUUUCCACACCGAGAGAGUGGCGGAGGGUCUGGCCACGCGUAUGCCUCUGACGAAUAUGUUCGAACGCGCGAUGCAUGAUCUUGCCUCUUUUGUUUCCUCAGUGCGAUUACGACUCCUCUCGUAUGUCGCGGCACACCCGGCUGCGUGUGAUGUGUCUGUGAGUAAGAAUGUCCUCGCCGUCUGCUGGGACUCGGUUUAUUCCCUUGUAGCGCCGGUCGUUUACGAACUUGCGGCGGCAGCGGAGGCGGAGGCGGCAGCUGCCACAACGUUGGCGCUCCAGCGCUGUGUUGCACUCCGUCGUGGGGACUUUGUCCCGGCUGUUGCAUCGGCGGAGUGCUACAGCACUGAAAAGGCCGAAAAACAGCAGCAGCUGAGUGGGGAGGAGGAGGAGGAAGAGGAAGUAAAGAUGAGGUGCGCGAGGCUGUUCGCGUCGCCUGCUAUUCACUUCCGACGCGUUGAGGAGCAGACGACGCAUGGGCGGCUGCUGCGGUUCGGUCCCCACGUCGGCAGCAGGAAUGACAUCCCAGCGGUGUACGCGUCUCCGGCGGAUAUGUUUGGUGCCGUUGCGGCAAUGUGGCGUCACGCACGGCGUCACUCCCCGCGGAGUUCUCUUAUGCAGGAGCGGUGGAUGAGUAACGCCAUCGUAAGCGCAUUUGCCAAUGCAGCUGGGUGUGGUCCGUGUGACGGGCUCAGCCCUGUGGCGGUGCUGCGUGUGUUGCGUUUUCUUGCGUGUGAUGUCAGCCCACACUACCCGUUUCCAAGCGGGAAGAGCGACGAGUGUACAGAAACCGGCAGCAGCAGUCGUGAUGCGCGCAGCAUGGGAGAGCAUUCCUCACGCAGCGGCGCCACACACUACAGCAGGCACAACAAUAAUAGUAACAACAAAAAGGACGAUACUUGUGCCGGUGACGCGAAGGAUGGGGUGGCGGAUGUGGAGGGCGUGUCAGGAACCUUCACGACGUCAUUCUCGACAUCAAGGGGGGUGGUGGAAGUGCUCUCGGUUCUGACCGCAGCCAGCGACGGUUUAGAGCGGCUGCGUCAUGUGUAUCCAACUAUCCGCUUCAGUGUGUUACAUUCCCACGCAGACAAGGGCGCCAGUAAUGGGGAUGGAGAUGACUGCAACAAGAUGGGUGUUGUCUAUCCAUUGGAUGAGUUGGCAGUUCGUACGAGAUUUGUACUUUUUGCUGCUGUUCAAUUUGUACAGCAACACUGCAGAAGUAAGCAAGACGAGCAAGGGGAAAAUGAUGGGAACAUGAACAACGGUGAGGCGGCUGUGACAGAGCCCACUGAAAAUGAUAGUGCGAUGACAACGGCUCAGUGUAUUCAAUGGGUUCUUCGUUUGCCCCUGCGUGACAUGCAGCAGGCACUGCGGGAGCACGUGGAGGAGCGCCGCAGUGAUGUUCUUCCUGUGCAGGACGAGAAUAGGGGGGUCGUCGCUGCGGACCAGCAGCAGCAGCAGCAGCAUCUGAGUGCCCCGUCGUCUGAAGUGCUUUCGUGGGUCUUGGAGUGCAUUGGCGAUGUUUUGGAGUCCUCCCACUACCCGGCAACUCCAAAGAAGUGUGUGGCCCCAAGGGCUGCGUCAAGGCAGCAGCAACAGCAACAGGACGCAUCUCUAUUGGGCUCAUCGGUGAAUGAGCAAAAUGCGGAUGCUGUAAGUCCCAUGGCAGCUCCUUUGAAGCCAUACCUGGGUGACCCUGUUUCCGUUGCUACUGCAGACCCAGCGACCAACAGUGGCGAGGGGACGCGGUACCUAUCGUAUCAGUGGACACACUUCCUUCCCAUAGUCAUUUCUGCUUCUAACCGCAGAGCAAUCAUCCCAUCCGCUGAGACAUGUGAUGGUAACACCAACUCAUUUACAUCUUCAGAAGCAGCAGGAGCAGCAGCAAAGCAAGGUGCGCCAGAGUUACUCACGGAAAAUGAGAGUCUGCAAUUCUCGUUGCUCCAGCGGCACCUUGCCGAUCUUGGUAUCUUGGUAGAUAUGCAUAUGCGUUUCUGCUACGACAAUGAAGAAGAUGGAAUGAUUCCGACCCCUCUGCGCGGUACCAUGGGAACGACGCCUUCUCAGGAGGCGGGUGCUGCUUUUGGCAUGGGCCUGUCAGCACCGGCAAUCCCGACCGAGGCGGCUCGCUGCGUUGGCAAAGAGGCAACACUUUCUUUCCAGGUGGAUCUUGCGUUUUGUGGCACUCGGGCGUGGGAAUUGUUGGCGGAUGUUUGGAUCUCGGUCCUGCUUGCGUCACGUGUCGGCAGCGCAGCCGCUCAGCACACAAGGCGCAAAUGCGUCCGCACCGAUGUCCUAGAGAGUGUGAAUUGA